AGCUGUACGAUAUCGCUGUCAGUAUAUUUGUACUGUUACUCGGUAUUCGCUGCAGUUGGAUAAUAACGAUCAAUUUUAUUGACAUAAUGCUGUGGAUAUGCAAAACAUUAGCGCUCAAACAAUCUGUUCCCCGCAAACCCUGAAAGUCUGAUACAAAAGUUCAAGAACUUCAAUCAAUUCUAAGAAUGCGUUGCAGAUUUAUGAGCAGGUCUGUUAUAAAGUUUGCCUUUAUGCUCUUGACGGUUUUCGCCAUCGGGACUCUCUUUGUAAACAAGCACACUCCAUGUCGACUGGAUCAUCCGAGUCAAGUGGAUGGACUGCCAAUUAUCGUGACGGAAACAUCGAAAAGGAAUCGGUCUCUGGGCGAACAGCCUUCUAUUUGCCUGAACAAAAAGAUCAUAAAAAAUUCCACGAUAACUAGACUGGGGAGCUACCCUGAAGGAAAAGGCUUUCUUACUAUUGGAAUCUCAUCAAUUGCUCGUCCUCGUGGAGAUAACUACCUUAUUAGAACGAUGCAAGGCUUGAUAAACCGUACGAGUGACGUGGACAGGAGCGAAAUCUUCGUAGUGAUAUUCCUUGCAGACUUUGAUGAAGCAGCUAAAUCUGCUACUUUGAUGGAAUUGUCGAAUCGUUUCAGGAAAUACAUUGACCAAGGUUUCAUUCGUGUAAUCUUUGCACCAAAUGAUUUUUACCCGGCGCUCUCGAAUAUAAAAACGAAAUUUCGUGAUAAUCCGCAGAGGAUCUUUUGGCGCUCAAAGCAGAACGUAGACUUUGCGUUUUUAAUGUGCUAUUGCCAUGGUCUCUCGCAGUACUAUCUUCAUUUAGAAGACGAUGUACUUCCAGCGCCAAGCUUUUAUCCCAAGCUCCGUGAUUUCAUCUCAUCGGUUAAGACACCUUGGCCCAUUCUAGACGCUUCCACCAUGGGACACGUAGCCAAAAUUUAUCACGCCAACGACCUGGAGAAUCUUGCCACGUAUUUCUACCUCAUGUACGACGAAAUGCCCGUUGACUGGUUGAUUACGCUUUGGCGACAGAUUAAAUAUGACCGACCUUACCACCAUCAAGAGUUUAUUUUUCCUCCAGCCUCCCUUUUUCAACAUAUUGGAAGUUAUUCUUCUUUUGCGGAAAACAAGGGCCGUGAUACCAAUUUAUCGAGAGAAAAAUAUUUUGACCAGUACGACCUCAAAUACAAGGGUUUGAAUCCCUCGGCGACCGUCAGCAGCCAAAUGACGUCUAGUUACGGACAACCACAAGAUGCUUACAACAGAGGUUAUGGCUAUUUCAGGACCAAGGAAGUCAGAAAAGAUGACUUUAUUAUUAUCCAGUUUACUCCAGCAGUGUCGAUAAGUAAAGUGUUCGUUGAUACAGGUUCCUGUAUUGCUCCUAAUGAUCACCUUCAGUCGGCUGUUUUGCAAGUAAGUUUUAACAAUGAAAAAGAACAACAGACAAAUGGAAUUAAAACUUGUACAGUGUUUGAGACAAUUGGAAAUUUCCAACACGGGAAAGUAGAAGUCACUUUGAAUGAAGGUAAAAACAUAUCGUGUUUACGGGUGUUGGUGACACAAAACCAGAAUUACUGGGUUUUCUUCAGGGAGAUUGAUGUUUGGCAAGUUUAAACUCAAGUCUUUGUACUCAGGCCUUAAUUCAGUUUCAAGUUUGCAGAGAGGACUCUCCAGUAUAGGCAAGAGACUAUCUCGUUUUCCUAAUUUUUUUGGUCAGUACCAAAAUGACCGUUGUGUUGACGGACUCCAUGGCGAGUUAAUGGCCAACAACAACAACAGCAGCAGCAGCAACAACAACAACAACGACAGCCACAAUAAUAACAAUAACACCCACAAGACUACAGUAACGACCGUACGAUAGCAAAAAAAAUAUAGCAACACUAAUAGCACCAACAGCAGGAGCAAUAACAACAACAGCUGAUGCAGAACAGCAAAAACUAAUAAAAUCAUAGCAAUGGUGAUAACAAUAACAAUAACAACAUCAACGACAGCGAUAGUAGCAACAAUCAAACAUAAUAAUUAUUGCUAUCAAUAUCAUAUACGCGGCCAUAUAGGCAAUCAGUCUCUUAAAAACGCGCGCUCUGCGGCCCUACAGCUGAUUGGUUCACGGCCCCGUCCGAUGAAUUUAAACCAGUCAGGUUACUUUGCGGACGAACUACACGCAACUGUGACAAGAACAACAAUAGCAAUAGUAAUGACAUUAACAACAAGAGUAUCAUCAUCAUGAUCAUCAUCACCAAAAGUAACAACAACAGCAACAACAACAGCAGUGACAAGAAAAACAAUAGC